AUGUUCGGCCCCUCGACCGGCCCGCAGACGGGCAUCAACACCCCUCGAUCCUCGCAGUCGCUGCGUCCUCUCAAUCUCUCCCACGGAUCCCUCGAGUUCUCCUUUCUAGUGGCCACAUCUCUCCACUUCCAUGCUUCACAGCUCAAGGACAGCUUUGCUGCGUCUCUCCCUGAGCCCACAGACGAGCUAGCGCAGGAUGACGAGCCCUCGUCUGUCCCCGACCUUGUAGCCCGGUAUCUUGGCUUUAUUGCUCACGAGGUUGAGGAGGGUGAGGAUGACUCGCUCGGCUCCUAUAUCGAGGUCCUUAAGAUCGUUCUUAACGAGUUCGAGCGUGCCUUUAUGCGUGGUAAUGAUGUCCAUGCCGUUGCCGGCUCCAUACCCGGUAUCCCCGCAAAAAAGCUGCUCAUGGUAGAAAACUACUAUGCUGCUCGCGCAGCCGCAAACAGGCCGACAAAACCACACGACUCUGCUCUUCUGCGAGCCGCCACAGAGGGCCACGCUAAGCUGUACAGUAUCUACGGCGGUCAAGGCAAUAUCGAAGAGUACUUUGAUGAGCUACGCGAGAUUUACACCACAUACCCCUCCUUUGUCGAGGACCUCAUCUCAUCCUCGGCUGAGCUACUUCAGUCACUCGCCAGGGACCUUGAUGCCAUCAAGCUAUACUCCAAGGGAAUGGAUAUUCUCCGUUGGCUGCACGAUCGUGAUGCUCAGCCAGACACAGACUAUCUCGUUUCUGCCCCAGUCAGUCUACCAUUGAUUGGUCUUGUUCAGUUGGCCCACUACAUGGCCACAUGCAAAGCCAUGGGCAAGGAACCAGGUGAUGUACUCGACACUUUCAGUGGUACCACCGGCCACUCACAGGGUAUUAUCACCGCUGCUGCUAUCGCUACCGUCACCACAUGGGAGUCAUUUGGCAAGGCUGCCAGAGCUGCGCUGACCAUGCUCUUCUGGAUUGGUCUGCGAAGUCAGCAGGCGUACCCUCGCACAUCGCUCGCACCGUCGCUGCUUCAGGACUCUGUCGAGCACGGAGAGGGUAUCCCUACUCCCAUGCUAUCUAUUCGGGACCUCCACAGGACUGCAGUGCAGGAACACAUAGAUGCUACCAACCAGCAUCUACCUAAAGAUCGCCAUAUUGCCAUUUCUCUCGUCAACAGCCCCCGCAACUUCGUUGUUACUGGCCCCCCAAUUUCCCUGUACGGCCUGAACUUGCGCCUCCGCAAGGUUAAAGCUGCCACGGGUCUAGACCAGAACCGUGUACCCUUCACACAACGCAAGAUUCGUUUCGUCAACAGGUUCCUACCCAUCACUGCGCCAUUCCACAGCCAGUACCUCGCUUCUGCCUUCGAUGUAAUUGCGGAAGAUGUUGAGGAUAUCAAAAUCCCUGCACGAUCCCUACGCAUCCCAGUUUACGAUACGAACACUGGCAAGGACCUUAGCCAGCUAGGCGACGAGGAUAUUGUACCUGCGUUGAUCCGCAUGAUUACGCGGGACCCGGUCAACUGGGAAAAUGCUACGGUCUUUACCAAGGCUACUCACAUCGUUGAUUUUGGCCCUGGUGGUAUUUCUGGUCUUGGUGUUUUGACGAACCGCAAUAAAGAUGGCACUGGUGUCAGAGUCAUACUUGGUGGACUUAUAGAUGGCACCAACGCGGAGGUAGGGUACAAGCCUGAACUGUUCGACCGCGACGAAGACCAUGCUGUCAAAUAUGCUGUCGACUGGGUUGAAGUCUAUGGUCCCCGACUCGUAAAAACAUCUGUUGGUCAGACUUUCGUCGACACAAAGAUGAGCAGGUUGUUGGGCGUUCCCCCAAUCAUGGUAGCUGGGAUGACUCCUACUACUGUGCCUUGGGACUUUGUCGCUGCAACGAUGAAUGCCGGAUACCAGAUUGAACUCGGAGGUGGUGGCUAUUAUAAUGCAAAGUCUAUGACUGCAGCUCUCACCAAGAUUGAGAAAGCCAUUCCGCCUGGCCGUGGUAUUACCGUCAACUUAAUCUAUGUCAACCCGCGCGCCAUGGCAUGGCAAAUUCCAUUAUUGGCCAAACUUCGUGCCGACGGUGUCCCGAUCGAAGGUCUCGUUAUCGGAGCUGGUGUGCCAUCUAUAGAAGUUGCCAAUGAGUAUAUCGAAACUCUCGGAAUCAAACACAUCGGUUUCAAGCCUGGCUCUAUGGACGCAAUCCAGCAAGUCAUUAACAUUGCAAAGGCAAACCCCAGCUUUCCAGUCAUACUCCAGUGGACCGGUGGACGUGGUGGAGGCCAUCACUCUUUUGAAGAUUUCCACCAGCCAGUUCUGCAAAUGUACAGCCGUAUCCGGAAAUGUGAUAAUAUUGUCCUUGUCGCAGGAAGUGGAUUUGGCGGCUCCAAGGACACAUACCCUUACCUCACGGGUAGCUGGUCCCGCCAAUUCGGAUACCCACCUAUGCCAUUCGACGGAUGCCUCUUUGGUAGUCGCAUGAUGGUUGCCAAAGAAGCACAUACUUCAAAAGCCGCCAAGCAGGCUAUAGUAGCUGCACCAGGUGUGGAUGACGGCAAAUGGGAAGACACAUACAAAGGCGCUGCAGGCGGCGUCAUUACUGUCCGCUCUGAGAUGGGUGAACCCAUCCAUAAACUAGCCACACGCGGUGUCCUUUUCUGGGCUGAGAUGGAUCAAAAGAUCUUUUCUCUUGACAAAGCCAAACGCUUGCCUGCACUUAAGAAACAUCGCGAUUAUAUCAUCAAGAAACUCAAUGACGACUUCCAGAAGGUGUGGUUUGGCCGUAAUUCGAAAGGUGACACCGUAGACUUGGAAGAUAUGACAUACGCCGAAGUAGUACAUCGCAUGGUCGAACUAAUGUGGAUUGAUGAAUCGUUAAAGAGGUUUACCGGUGACUUUCUCCGCCGCGUUGAAGAGCGCUUCACUACUGAGAAGAAUCAGGAAUCACGUCUUCAGACAUAUUCUCAGCUUGAUGAACCUUACCCAACCGUCCAAGAUAUCCUGGAUGCUUAUCCUGCAUCGGCUGAUCAACUUAUUAAUGCUCAGGACGUUCAGCACUUCCUUCAGCUUUGCCAGAGACGAGGCCAGAAACCAGUUCCAUUUGUGCCGUCUCUAGACGAGAACUUUGAGUUCUGGUUUAAGAAAGAUUCUCUCUGGCAAUCAGAAGAUAUCGAAGCUGUUGUGGGUCAGGAUGUUGGACGAGUUUGUAUCCUGCAAGGCCCUAUGGCCGCUAAAUAUUCAACGACCAUUGAUGAACCAAUUCAAAGCAUUCUAGAUGGUAUCCACGAAGACCAUAUCCGAGGCCUGAUACAAGAUGUCUAUAACGGCGAUGAGUCCAAGGUUCCUAUUGUUGAAUAUUUUGGUGGUCGACUUGUCCUUGACCGCGAAGAAGAUCGUGAUAUUGACGGCCUAACAAUCUCAGAGGAUGCCACUAGAGUCUCCUAUCGUCUUUCUUCCUCCCCAUCCGCUAGUCUUCCUGACCUUGAUCGAUGGCUCCACCUUCUGGCUGGAAACGUUUACUCGUGGAGAUAUGCCCUGUUCACUACUGAAGUCUUCAUUCAAGGCCAGCGCUUCCAGACCAACCCCAUCAAACGCAUACUCGCACCUACUCGUGGUAUGUUUGUUGAAAUAACUAACCCCAAUGAUCCUUUGAAGACCGUCAUCAGUUUGCGCGAGCCAUGUCAAUCAGGCAAACUUGUCAAGACAGUUGAAAUUCGACUUACCGACAAGAACCGCAUUGCACUCACUUUGUUUGAAGGUAGAACUGCAGAGAGUAGUGUUGUUCCACUUCCAUUCUAUUUCACCUAUCAUCCUGAAACUGGUUAUGCUCCUAUCAGGGAAGUAAUGGAAGGUCGCAACGAUCGUAUCAAGGAGUUUUACUACCGCGUAUGGUUUGGUGAACGCAGUGUUCCAUUCGAAACCCCAGCUGCGGCCAUCUUUGAUGGAGGACGUACCACGGUGACCGCACAAGCAAUUGCCGACUUCGUUCACGCUGUUGGAAACACCGGUGAAGCCUUUGUCGAGCGUCAAGGAAAAGAAACAUUUGCGCCCAUGGACUUUGCUAUUGUUGCUGGAUGGAAAGCAAUUACCAAGCCAAUCUUUCCUCGCACUAUAGAUGGUGACCUCCUAAAGCUUGUCCAUUUAUCUAAUGGCUUUAGAAUGGUUCCCGGUGCUGAACCUCUCAAGGUUGGAGACGUUCUUGAUACUACCGCUCAGAUUAAUGCUAUUGUCAACCAGGACUCUGGUAAAAUGGUCGAGGUCUGUGGAACCAUCAAAAGGGGUGGUGAACCUAUUAUGCACGUCACCAGUCAAUUCCUGUAUCGUGGUAACUACACUGACUACGAGACCACCUUCUUACGUAAGGAUGAGGUUCCAAUGCAAGUGUUCCUUGCUACUUCUAAGGAUGUAGCUGUCUUGCAAUCGAAGGAGUGGUUCCGCUUGGAUGAGGCCAAUGUUGAACUUUUAGGACAGACCCUCACUUUCCGUCUCCAGAGCUUGGUUCGCUAUAAGGAUAAAACUGUCUUUCAAAAUAUGCAGACAACAGGUCAAGUCCUUGUUGAACUCCCUACGAAAGAGAUUAUUCAGGUCGGAUCAGUUGACUACGAAGCCGGUGUUUCUCACGGAAACCCAGUAAUUGACUAUCUUCAGCGCCAUGGUUCCGCAAUCGAACAGCCAGUUAAGUUCGAGAAUCCAAUCCCGCUUAGCAAAUCCCCUCUUGUUAUUAAGGCGCCAGCCUCGAAUGAGACAUAUGCUAGAGUCUCCGGUGACUAUAAUCCAAUUCAUGUCUCCAGAGUUUUCUCUAGCUAUGCCCACUUGCCAGGAACCAUCACCCAUGGGAUGUAUACCAGCGCAGCUGUCAGGAGUCUGGUUGAAACAUGGGCUGCUGAGAAUAAUAUUGGUCGCGUCCGUAGCUUCCAUGCUUCACUUGUUGGAAUGGUUCUUCCUAAUGAUGAUCUUGUUGUCAAGCUCCAGCAUGUGGGUAUGAUUUCUGGUCGCAAGAUCAUUCAGGUCGAGACCAGUAACCAGGCUACUGAAGAAAAAGUCUUGAUUGGUGAGGCUGAAGUUGAACAGCCAGUUUCUUCUUACGUAUUUACUGGUCAAGGUUCUCAGGAGCAGGGUAUGGGCAUGGAUCUUUACGCCACGAGCCCAGUUGCGAAGGAAGUUUGGGAUCGUGCCGAUCGCCAUUUUAUGGAAAAUUACGGCUUUUCUAUCAUUGACAUUGUCAAGAAUAACCCCCAGGAGCUCACUGUGCACUUUGGUGGCCCUCGUGGCAAAAAUAUUCGCCAGAACUAUAUGUCCAUGACUUUCGAAACCGUCAAUGCGGACGGGUCUAUUAAAUCGGAGAAGAUUUUCAAGGAAGUCGAUGAGAAAACCACUUCUUACACAUAUAGGUCCCCUACCGGCCUAUUGUCUGCCACUCAAUUCACCCAGCCGGCUCUUACAUUGAUGGAGAAAGCAAGCUUUGAGGAUAUGCGUUCUAAGGGACUUGUACAGCGAGACAGCAGCUUUGCUGGGCACUCCUUAGGGGAAUAUUCUGCACUCGCUGCCCUUGCUGAUGUCAUGCCAAUUGAGAGUCUUGUGUCUGUUGUGUUCUACCGUGGUUUGACUAUGCAAGUUGCCGUCGAACGUGACGAACAAGGUCGAUCCAACUACUCCAUGUGUGCUGUUAAUCCCAGCCGUAUCUCUGGGACUUUCAAUGAACAAGCUCUACAAUACGUGGUGGAAAAUGUUUCGGAAACUACAGGCUGGCUGCUCGAAAUUGUCAACUACAAUGUUGCCAACAUGCAAUAUGUCUGUGCUGGUGAUCUCCGAGCCCUUGACAGUCUCACAAAUGUCCUUAAUGUCCUUAAAGCGCAAAAGAUAGAUAUUCCCGCACUGAUGCAGACAAUGUCUCUCGAUGAUGUGAAAUCGCAUCUCGUUCAAAUCAUCAAUGAAUGUGUUAAGCAGACGACCUCCAAACCACAGCCUAUUGUCCUCGAGCGGGGAUUUGCUACUAUCCCACUAAAGGGUAUCGACGUACCAUUCCACAGCACUUUCCUCCGCUCCGGCGUAAAGCCCUUCCGAUCAUUCUUGCUCAAGAAGAUUAACAAGACAACCAUUGACCCAAGCAAGUUAAUCGGCAAAUACAUCCCGAAUGUUACUGCUCGCCCAUUCGAGCUUACUAAAGAAUACUUUGAAGAUGUGUACCGACUUACCAAUUCUCCGCGGAUUGGAAAUAUUUUGGCAAACUGGGACAAAUACGAAGAUUCCCAACAAACAACGGCUGAUUCAACUGCUUUAGCAUGA